AUGUCAGUCGGAAUCACUGUCUUCCUCGUUCUUCCCAACGAUAUCGCCACGGCAAGAUUCUUGCGGGAGGAAGAGCGUGCUGUCGCUCUCCAGCGAUUGAUAGGAGUGGAGCACGGCACUGGUAACAAAGAAAUAGAGGAGAGGUUCGCAUGGUCCGAAGUCCGCAGAGCUGCGUUCAGCCCUCAGACGUGGCUCUCGGCGAGCGCCUACUUUGGCCUCCUUACGGGAAUAUAUUCAUUCGGUCUCUUCCUUCCGACCAUCCUCGCUGGCAUCGGAUAUACAGCAAACGAUGCCCAGCUGUGGUCGGCAAUUCCUUACAGCAUUGCGGCCUGUACCACUCGCUAUGCUGUAAUCGCUAACAUCGGCGACGAUUACCCCGGAGUCAAGUAUGGAAUGACCUUCAUGAUGGCCACGGGGAUCUACAGCAGCGUUCCACCUGUUCUCACUUGGCUCGCCAACAACUCUGCAGGCCACUACAAGAGAGCGACUGCCGCAGCUCUUCAAUUGGCAAUAGCCAACUGUGGAGGUAUCCUUGCUAGCUUCAUUUAUCCCAACCUCGAAGGUCCAGAGUAUCGCAAGGGCCACACCAUAGUUCUGGCUUUGUUGACGGCCGGUUGGUUUUCCAUCUUGGCAAACGUGCUUUACUGCGCGAAGAUCAACAGAGACAAAGCAAGAGGGAAAUACACUAGAUACGUGGGCUACGGUGACGAUCGGGACCCCGCCUUUAGGAUGGUCCUGUAG